AUGGCGCUAGUCAAACUGGAAAUCACGACGAGGAAGGCAUUUGCCGAAGGGCAAUCUUUCAGUGCCGCGGGCCGUUACGAGCAGAUCGACGGGCUGGCGCACUUUGCGGUGGAUCCAGCGCAUCCAGACAACGCGGUGAUCGCGGACAUCGCGCUGGCGCCGCGAAACGCCGGCGGUUUGGUGGAAUUCACUUCCGAUUUCCGGAUCAUCAAGCCGGUGGACAACGAUCACGGAAACGGCCGGCUGUUGCUCGACGUGCUGAACCGGGGCAAGGAACUGGCGUUGAAAAACCUGAACAGCGCGCCGGACGCGCCGCCGGAUGCCGACCCGCACCCAGGCAACGGGUUCCUGAUGAGGCAGGGGUACAGCCUGGUUUGGUGCGGGUGGCAACAUGACGUGCCGGAGGCUGCAGGUCUGUUCCGGUGCAACGUGCCAAACGCAAAGAACGACGACGGUUCGCCGGUUUCAGGCAAAAUCGUGGUCUCGUUCCAGCCCCUGGCGCGCACCGAUACACAGUUCCUGUCCGACCGUGACCACAGGCCGUACCCCACCAACCACUUGGAAAGUUGGGAUUCAGUGCUGACCGUCCAGGAACACGAGGACGCCGCCGAAACCGUCAUUCCGCGUGAGGAGUGGGCUUUCGCCCGGUUGGUUGAUGGCAGGCGGGUACCGGAUGCGACGCAUUUGACCCUGAAAGGCGGAUUUGAGGCCGGCAAGGUCUAUCGGGCGGUUUAUGAAACGUCGCACGCGCCGGUGAUCGGGCUCGGCCUGCUUGCCACGCGGGAUAUCGUGGCCUGGCUUAGGCACGGCAAGACCGAUUUGGACGGCGCCGCGAACCCGUUGGCCGGCGCCCUGGGUCGCGCAUACGCCUACGGACGCAGCCAAAGCGGUCGAUUCCUACGGCAGAUGUUGCACCUGGGGUUGAACCGUGAUGAGGAAAGCCGGGUCGUCUUCGAGGGGAUGCUGCCCAACGUAGCCGGCGGCAAGAUGGGUGAGUUCAACCUGCGGUUCGGCCAGCCGUCCAGCCUGUCCAACCGGAGCGUAAACAAUCUGCCGCCCUUCCUGGACCUGGAGCCGGCCGGCGCGGAAGGAGUGCUGGCAGAGGUGACGCGGCGCGGAGUGGCGCCCAAGAUCAUCUACACCAACACGUCGUCGGAAUACUGGGGCGGCCACGGCGCGCUGGCUCACGUCAUAUCCGACGGAACCGCCGACGCGGAGAUGCCAGACAACGUGCGUUCCUGGCUGUUCUGCGGCACGCAGCACGCGCCGGCGAAUCUGCCGAUUUCCGACACCAACCCUGAUUCGGGAGCGAGGGGCGCCCAAGCCCUGAACUACGUCGACUACCGUCCGCUGAUGCGGGCGGCACUCGUGCAUUUGGACAAAUGGGUUACCCAUAACGAAGAUCCGCCACCAAAUGGGUAUCCUUCCCAUGCGGCAAAUACGAUCGUCGAGGCGGGACAGUUGGCGGACCGGUUCCGCAGGCUGCCGGGCGUCGAGUUUCCCGAGCACCACAAGAUCAUGCGACAUCUUGAUUUUGGGCCCGACCGGGCGGUGCCAACGGUAAUACCGCCGGGAGUUGGUGACGGGUAUCCAUCGCUGGUGUCCGCAGUGGAUGCCGACGGGAACGAGGUGGGCGGCAUUCGGCUUCCCGCCAUUGCCGUGCCUUUGGCAACGUACACGGGGUGGAAUGUGCGGCACGCCGACAUCGGCGGAACCGGGCAGGUGCUGUCCCCGGGCGGGACCGUGGUCGGCGGGGCCAUUCCUUUCGCGGUAAGCCGCGCCGACCGAACGGCGUCGGGCGACCCCCGCACUUCGAUAGAAGAACGGUACGCAUCGCGAGACGAAUACCUGGCGCGGGUGCGAGAAUAUGCCGACACCCUGGUGCAACAGGGCUAUCUGCUCGCCGAGGAUGUGGACGUGGUGGUGGGCCAGGGAGCCGAGGUAUAUGACGCCAUCGUAGGGGUGCGGGAAGCCGUGGCGGCGGACGACUGA